ACGUUUAUCCGAAGUUUAUAAACUCAGCUUUAAACCUUCUCCCCUUUUUAGUUUGUACAUCUCUGUUGUCGCACGACUGGACUCUCUUGAUACUCGCCGGGACUUCACAGCUCCCGGUCGUUGGAGAUGCCUUCUCGACGAUUUUCUCUCAGAUUUGUGUUGUGUCUUUACCUUGUAAUCUCAACUCAGUCGAUCGACUUUGAAAAUUUUCGGAGACGGCACAAAAUCGAUGGCCCUAUCAAGACUAUUGUGGUCGUCGUCAUGGAGAACCGCUCCUUUGAUCACGUUCUUGGCUGGCUCAAAUCCUACCGGCCGGACAUAGAUGGAUUAACUGGGUCUGAAUCGAACCGCAUCAACGCCUCCGACCCCAAUUCCCCCAAAAUUUUCGUCUCCGAUGAUGCUCUCUUCAUUGACUCGGACCCGGGCCACUCCUUCCAGGCAAUUAGGGAGCAGAUUUUCGGGUCGAACGAUAGCUCCUCGAAUCAGCCCUUGAUGAAAGGGUUUGCGCAGCAGGCGCAGAGUAUGAGCGAAGGCAUGGACAAGACUGUCAUGAGUGGUUUCAAACCUGGGGUUUUGCCGGUGUACACCGAGUUGGCCAACGAAUUCGGGGUUUUUGACCGGUGGUUCGCGUCGGUUCCCGCGUCAACUCAACCGAACCGUUUCUACGUGCACUCAGCGACCUCACAUGGUGCGACGAGCAACGUCCGAAAGGAUCUCAUCCAUGGUUUUCCUCAGAAAACCAUCUUUGACUCGCUCGAAGAAAAUGGCCUCACAUUUGGAAUCUAUUACCAAAAUAUUCCGGCCACCCUCUUUUUCCAAUCUCUGAGGAAAUUAAAGCACGUGACGAAAUUCCACAGUUACCCGUUAACGUUCAGGUUGCACGCCAAACUAGGGUGGUUGCCUAACUACGCGGUGGUGGAGCAGCGGUACUUCGACGUGGACUUGUUUCCGGCGAACGAUGAUCAUCCGUCUCAUGACAUGGCACGAGGGCAGAGAUUCGUAAAGGAGGUGUACGAGAUACUUAGGGCGAGCCCGCAGUGGAAGGAGAUGGCCUUGUUGAUCACGUAUGACGAGCACGGCGGGUUCUAUGAUCACGUUCCUACUCCUAUCUCUGGGGUGCCUAGUCCGGAUGGCAUCAUUGGACCCGACCCAUUUUACUUCAGGUUUGACCGGUUGGGUGUUCGAGUCCCUACGUUGUUGAUCUCGCCCUGGAUUGAGAAGAGCACUGUGAUUCAUGAACCAGAUGGGCCAACACCAUAUUCACAAUUUGAACAUUCUUCCAUCCCUGCAACUGUGAAGAAGCUCUUUAACCUAAAAACUAAUUUUCUAACAAAGAGGGAUGCGUGGGCUGGUACUUUCGAGAAGUACUUUUACGUUCGCAACUCUCCUCGUGAUGAUUGUCCAGAAACUCUGCCUGAGGUGACAACAUUAUUGCGGCCAUGGGGACCAAGAGAAGAUGUGUCCCUAUCAGAGUUUCAAGUUGAACUGAUCCAGCUUGCAUCUCAGCUUAAUGGGGAUUACAUCCUGAGCACUUACCCUAAUAUCGGCAAAAGAAUGACGGUGGGUGAAGCCAAUAGGUAUGCAGAAGAUGCUGUCAGGAGAUUCUUAGAGGCUGGAAAGGCAGCUCUAAAAGCUGGAGCUAAUGAAUCUGCAAUUGUUACCAUGCGACCGUCACUCACUAGCCGUGUUCCUGUCGGAAACGGCGACCACCUAAAAUCCUAUUAAUGCAACCCACGAAAGAAGACAUCCUAUUGAUGCCACGAGCUUACACUUGCUGCUUUGUAAAUAAAAACUUGAAUAUUAUUACUCUGUUAUCUUUAUGCAUCUUAUACAAUAUAGAUAUUGGCUUUAGAAGGUUCUGUGGUUGACUUGCGAUGCAUGUUUAAGCCCUAUGGGUGAUAUACAUAUGAUAUCAUGAUAUGAACAUUAAAUUAUGCAGACAUCCAGGAUUUAGUAGCAAGCACUGGUGUAGAAUAGGCAUUGUUAUAAUAUUUUUGUUAUUCAGUGAUUUUCGAA